AGGCUCCCAGAUGAUUCCAUUUUGGACUCUCGGAUUUGUUUGUUUAAUUAUUGGCUUGAGCACUGCUCAUGAGCCUGCAGUUGGAGCAAAUGCAGCCUCCAAAAACCACUGUUCCCGAAAAGACUGCAAUGGAACACAGUAUGACAUCCAAGAGGCUGCUUGCUGUGAAAACAAACUUCAUCCAGGUUCAAAUCUGUUUUGUUGUGGAAAGGAGCCUUACAAUCCUGGUACAGCCACUUGUUGUAAAGUUCAACAUGGAAAGAUCCUCACAGCCAGUAUUACUCAGGGUCUGAGUGAAAAGGUGUCCAAGUGCUGUGACCUGAAGGCCUACAACCCAGUCAAUGAAAUAUGUUGUCAAUCAACCAUCAUAUCAAAACCUGGACCAAUGGCUGAAUGUUGUGGUGAAGAUGUUUUUGAUAAGGACAAGCAGUUGUGUUGUGGUCCAGCUGAUAAUAAGACAAUUCUGGUAUGA